GUACCACUACAAAAUUAGAAAAGUGUUCACUAACGCUUCCUACCGGCAUUUUGUGAAUGUAUUUCUGAACUCAAGUCUCCACUCGAGCCUAUGGCUGGUCUCGUCGUCCACGUUUAGGAGUUCUGUUGAAAAUUUUGAUAAAUAUCUUUUUUUGUGACGAGUUCAAUUAAUUGGAAUAUCAUAAUCCAAACGAGUAGUGACGCACACGCGUAAAGUAACUAACGAAAAGCGAAUAAUCUGCGAACGAAUGUACUUUUCGGCUUCAUAUCUUCAAAAAGCUAUAGCUCGUGAAUCCGACAAGCUCUGGCUACUCAAAGAACAACGUACCCAGAGCUCCAAAACGAUUUGACUUAUUUUUGGGAUAAAGUCAACGAAAACCUCCAUCAUUCCGCCUUUAAUCGAGUGCCGGCCCGCAGGGUGGCGAUCAUUUUAUAAGGAUUGUGUCUGCGAUAGACUGGUCGGCCAGUCUGUUGGAAAAGAUCUAAAAAACAGCGGCAAUUGGAAGUUGGCCCUGAACGCAGAGCCCCCGUGGCUUUGCUAGCACCCCUAACACUGAUAUUGUCUUAACGCGCCUCCCCACGACUCUUCCAAUUCUCAUUGACAGCUGCCUCAUUGCUGCCUAGCGCCUGCAGAGUAAACAAUUGUUAAUAAAUAAAUCACUUAAAUCCAACCAUGAAAGUCACAAAUUCAAACGAACGCAUUCACGUGUUGGACAGCUCAUCUACCGUAAUGACAAUAAUCGAAGAUAUUGUGAAAAGUGGCUUGCAGGAAGAAGCUUUUUAUGUACUUGAUGUUGGAGAUAUUGUUAAGAAACAUCAAAUCUGGAAAGAGAAAUUACCCAGAGUGGAACCUUUUUAUGCUGUUAAAUGCAAUGAUUCUCCCACUGUUAUUGAAGUACUUGCUGCUUUAGGAACUGGUUUUGACUGUGCUUCUAAAGCAGAAAUAAAUAAAGUACUUAAUGCAGGAGUGGAUCCUUCAAGAAUUAUUUUUGCUAAUCCAGCUAAACCUGCUUCCCACGUUCGUCAUGCUGCUGCUGUUGGAGUUGAUGUUACAACUGUGGAUAACGAAAGUGAAUUGCACAAAAUCAAGAAAAUUCAUCCAAGAGCUAAGAUUGUAAUUCGCAUUCGUUGUGAUGCGGAAAUUUCUCAGUGUCCCUUGGGCAUGAAAUUCGGCUGCGAUCCAGUCUGUGAAGCACCGAAUCUCCUUCGUUUAGCACGAAUGUUAAAUUUGGAUGUCAUUGGUAUUAGUUUCCAUGUAGGUUCUGGUUGUCAGGACCCACCAGUAUUUUAUCGAGCAAUUUGUCAUGCAAAAAAUCUAUUUGACAUGGCUAAAGAUCUUGACUUCAAACCGUAUCUCCUCGAUCUUGGUGGGGGUUACCCUGGUGAUAGAGGAACAAGCAUUGACAAGAUUGCUGAUGUUAUCAACACAGCACUCGAUGAAUUCUUUAAUACUGACGAUGUCCAUAUCAUCGCUGAACCUGGUCGUUUCUACGUCGCAUCAGCUUUUACUCUAGCUACGAGCAUUCACAGCAAACGCUCUGUGCGUCAUGACAAAUUGUCACCAAAUUCUAUCACUCACAAUAUGUACUACAUCAAUGAUGGCGUUUAUGGUUCAUUCAACUGCAUUCUAUAUGAUCAUCAACGUGUUAUUCCCACUCCAUUAAAGGCUGGUUGUGGAAAAUUGAUUCCCUCAAGUAUUUGGGGUCCAACUUGUGAUGGACUUGAUCAAGUGGUCGAAAAUGUAUUGAUGCAAGACAUGGACCUUGGAGACUGGAUAAUUUUUGAAAACAUGGGCGCUUAUACCUUGCCUGUAGCAUCUCCAUUCAACGGAUUUCCAGUUCCAAAGGUGCAUGUGGUUGCAGAAGAAAAAGUCUGGCGGUUGUUGAAGGAUAUCCUUCCAAUGACUGAGGAUCAUUUUGUGAUUGGCAACACUCCGGCUAAUUUACGUCUUGGCCUUGAUAUUGAUCCAACUAAGAUUGAUGAGUGGGAUAAUCCGUCGAUUGAUUUAUCUUCAUCAGGAAUUAUCAAUGAACCUCCGCCAUCAUCACCAUUCAUAUACGAGUAUGUUGAAGUAGAACCCAUUAAUUAAACGAACAGAAACGUGAUUAAUAACAAACUCUUUCUACACAAUUUUUUAUUUCAUUUAAAAUCAUCAGAAGACGUGGACAAUUAACUUGCACAAAACUUAAUCAACAUAUUGAAGCAUUUUUUGGAUAGAAUCAAUAACUGCCAUUAAAAUCAGUAUAAAAGAUCAUUAAAUGUUUUAAAUUAGUUAUUCACUAUAAAUUCCAUUGAAAAUAUUUUUCUACGAUGAAGAUAUAUUCACUAAAUACUUUUUUUGAGUUUUUUAUCUCUUUAGUCAAGUUUGUCUGUCUUGGGUGAGCCCACAGCACGUGGAUAAUAUAAUUGUUUUUUUUUAAAUUUCUUUAUAGAAGAUUUACAUCAAAACUUGUACUUAUUCUCAAUACUGUUGUCGAUAAAAGAUGAUGAUAAUAGAUGAAAUCUGCUCUUUCUUCAUUAAAAUAGAAAAUAGAAAUCAUAUAAAGAAAGCUCUUAAAAUAAAUAUUAUCUUUAAAAAAAUUUAACGUAGAUUAAAGAAUUUACGAUUCUUCUUUAUAUUGAAAGAAUCAAUGAAUUUGUAGAUUUACACAUUAAUUACUUAAUCAAAAUAAAGAAAAAAAAAAAGAAACAUAAUCGAUCGUACAAUCUUUUGUACCUUUGUACAAAUGAA